UGUUGUUUACAGUGUGUGUGUGAGAGGUGGCAGCCAGGACUCUCGACUCCAGGAACACCGUCCAUUAUGACACUCUCAUCGAGAAUACGUGUGAAAAUAAAUGGAAUAAGGCAUUUACCACGUUUUGAUUGGUUGGGGAAGCCGGUAGAAGCAUCAAGGAAAGAGAGAUUACUAGGAGAUAGGAUGUAUUACAAUGGGUUUCGACUUGGUAGAAUAACUGUGUAUGCUGGUGACUGUGUUUAUGUUCGUAAUGCAGAUUCACCAGACCCAGAUACUCCAGAAGGCUGUGAUAUUGCAAGAGUCAUCAGGUGCUAUGAUAAUGGUGAUAAACGGGACAGUAAACGCGUGGUGGUUCAGUGGUACUCACGUUUGGAUGAUAUUAAAAGUAACCAUUGUAAGAUGAUUACAAAAGAUGUUCCUGCUCUUGAUCACACCCUGGAGGUUGUGAAGGAAGAAAGGCCCUUUGAGACAGAUGUUAAUGCAGAAAGUAUUCACAGUAAUUGUUUUGUUCAAGAAGUGCCCUGCCAUCUUGAUCCCAAAGAUAUCUCUAAGCCCUCAUUUUGCUCAGAACCUUUUUAUGUUUGCCGGUUCAGUUAUGGUGGCAAGACACCUCGUCUUCAUCCGCUGGAUGGGUUUGGGAAUCCACUGAUGAAUGUCAAAAAACAUACUGCUCGUCGAUCUCUUGAAGAUGACUUGACAAACUUGACAAAUUCAUUAUCCCCUAGUAGAAAGUCAGUUAUUAUGCCAAGCUUAAAACAUGGAAAAGAAAAUACUAACCAAACCCCAGCCAGUAGCAAGAAAACUGUGGUGCAUGAGGCAUCCCCAGAAAUCACUCUCCAAGAGCCUAGUGCAAAGUUUGAAUUACGAAAGAAAACGUUUUCACUGAAGCUUCCCAAAAUUAAAGACAACACAACUGCUAAUGCACAACUUCCUCAGAACUUGAAGCGACAAGCUACAGAUGAUGAUAACCACAUACCAAGAAAAAGAGCUCGAACCACUCUUAAGGAGAAUGAUACUCAAAGGAAGGAUAGGUUGAGUGAAGCUACAAAUGAUGGAAGUUUGGCCAGCAGGGAGACAAGCUCUAGCUAUGGACGAAAGCAUAAGAUUGUAUGUUAUCGAGAAUUGAAUGAUGGAGAAGUUGAUAGAAAUGGAAACAUCACUCCAUUGUCACCCAAAUUUAACAGGAAAGCUUCACCUCAGAAAUCUCCAAAUGGUAUUUCAACAAUUCUUAAUUCACCAAAUGAAAAGAUUGAAAACAUUAAAAAAAUUGGCAAAGUACGUGCCCUUAAAGUAAAUGAAAUCAGCAAUUUACUGGGCAGUGAUAGUGAAGAUGACAGUAGUAGUAGCAGCAGCAGGAAUGAAGAGGAGGAACAGCCUACACCAGAGCCAUAUAAGAAAUUUGAGUCCUCUUUCUGUGUGAAUCAAACUGUUAACUCAAAGAUAGAUCAUAUGGAGAUAGAUGGAGAAUCAUAUCAAAACCUUCCAUUACCAAACCUAACAUCAGUAAUGAAAGGCACCAGUAAAAAUAAAAAAGAGGUUGGACCCUGUUCAGAAUCCAUAACACCUAAUAAAAAAAAUGUUCAACCAAAGCCCAAAAGUUCCACUAAGAAGAGAUACGAAUGUGAUACUUGUUGUGAGGUCUUUUCAACACGCAUGGAGUUGAGAGACCAUGAAGAGGAUCACAAGGAAAGUGAACCUGUUUCAAGAACUCCAGGCAGAAAAUUCAAGAAACACUUACCCCACACACCAUCCAGCACACACAAGACAUCACAGAAAAAGUGUGCGACUCCAAGAAUACCAGCCCGAGAUGAGCCUGUGAAGCAUCCUCAGUCACCACUGGAAUUGGCUCGUUCUCGCCUUCAUGUUUCAGCAGUCCCCGAGUCAUUACCAUGCCGUGAAAAUGAAUUCCAAGAUAUAUACUCUUUUGUUGAAGGCAAACUAAUGGAUGGCACUGGAGGAUGCAUGUAUAUUAGUGGUGUGCCUGGCACAGGGAAGACUGCAACGGUCAGGGAAGUAGUAAGAGUUCUUCAAGAAUGCAGUCAUGAAGGGAAUUUACCUUCAUUCACAUAUCUAGAAGUUAAUGCUAUGACAUUAACAGAGCCUCAUCAACUCUGGGUUCAGGUAUGGAAGGGUUUAACUGGAAAUAAGGCAACAGCAGAGCAUGCCUCAUCGCUACUUCAAAAGAGAUUUUCCACCCCAGCCCCAAGAAGGGAACCCACACUGUUACUGGUAGAUGAACUGGAUCUCCUGUGGACAAGAAAGCAGGAUGUGAUGUAUAAUCUCUUUGAUUGGCCGUGUCAACCUGGAAGUAAGCUGAUUGUUGUAGCCAUUGCUAACACCAUGGACCUUCCUGAACGCAUCAUGAUGAACCGAGUAUCAUCCAGACUCGGCCUGACAAGAAUGACUUUCCAGCCUUACACCCACAAACAGUUGCAGGAAAUAGUGAUGUCUCGCCUGCUGGGUAUUGAAGCAUUUGACCCGGAUGCAGUACAGUUAGUAUCACGCAAAGUUGCAGCUUUAUCAGGGGAUGCCAGGAGAGCACUUGACAUUUGUCGUAGAGCAACAGAAAUUGCAGAGACCAAGAAACUUCCACUCAGUCCUUCAAAAUCCCUAAUGAAGAGGGCAGCUCUGGUUGGAAUGCUACAUGUUGAUGAAGCAGUUAAAGAGAUGUUCACAUCACCUAAAAUCACUGCCAUAAGAAGUUGCAGUUUAAUGGAGAAGUUUGUUCUUCGUGCUGUUGUGGCUGAGUUCAUGCGCAUCGGGCUAGAGGAAGCUGUGUUUGGACGUGUGCUGGAGCAGUUCGUCUCACUCUGCAGAUUUGAAGGAGUUGAGCCAAGUUAUACAUCAGAAGUAAUGUCAAUUGUAAAUCGACUUGCUUCACAACGCCUAAUUCUGACCGAGCACUCCCGUAAUGAUCUGAGUCUACGCCUAAGAUUGAACAUAUCCACUGAUGAUGUCACCUAUGCACUGCAGAGCUCUCCAAGUCAAUGAAAAUGUUGCCCACAAAAAUAUACAUGUAUUCUAUUUGAAAUUGCUUUUUUUUUUUUACAGUAUGAAGCUUAAUUUGAUUUGUAUUUUUUUUCUUUUUAUGUGGCUGGUUUUUACCUAGAUAGUGAGAUACAAAGAUGAAAAUAUUUGCCAAAACACUGGCGGUUUCACAAAGAUGCACGGACAUAGGAGAACAUCGAAUCACUGAAUCACAGCCCCCUCUCACUGCACUUGAAGAUCAUGUGUGUUGCACUUCUAAAUUUAUGUACGAUAUACGUAUAUAAGAUAUUGUAUACAGUAAUUCCUGAUCACUAUUUACAUGCUCUUAUAUAUAGUUCAAAUAUUUCCUUCACUGAGUUAGCUAUAUACAUUGUUGUAAUCUCCUUCAUUAAUUUCUCAAUGCUGAUUCAGCAGAUUUGAAAAGUGCCUCUGUUAAAAACAUAAUAACAUUGUAUUGGAUGCCAGUAGUUCAGUUUCUACCCAUAAAUAUACUUAACUGAAUUCAUAGAUUUUAAAAAGUGCUUGGUUGUACAUGUCAGAGCCUCAAUAUGUAAAAAAAAAAAAAAAAAAAAAAAAAAAAAAAAGUUGCUAAAAUAGGACAGCCAAAUUAAGUGUUAAUAAUUCUUUAUCAUCUCAAGUUCCCUCUUAGAUAAUACCUGGUUCAAGCAAACUUCACAUCAAAUACUAUAAACUGCUACUACCAUACUAAUUUUAAUUAACAAAUUUGCAUGAGUGCUGAGUCGCAUGCUUCUUAUCACACAUUAAAUUUUAUUUUAUGAUAUGGUGCAUUUAUUCACAGAAUUGUAAUUGAAGUUUAAAUAUAGGAUCAAUGUAUAGGUAUUACAACUUUAUAAACGAACUGUAUGCUGCAAUAGGAAAGGUAUAAUUAUGAGAUAUUGACAAGCUGUUGGAGUGUGAGCAAGGUAACAGUUAUGAAGGGAUUCGGGGAAACUGGUUAGUCAUAGAGAUGGGAAAUACAGUACUGUACAUGCCUACACUUCGAAGGAGGGGUAAAGAUAUUUGCAGUUUGGAGGAAUAUAUCUGAGCUGUAGUAUCAGCAUGCCUCUGGCAAGACAGUGAUAGUGUGAAUGAUGGUGAAAGUUUUUUUUAUUUUGGGGUUACCCUGCUUCAGAGGGAGAUGGCCAGUGUGUUAAAAAAAAUUUAGAAAUUAGAAGAGGGGUUGUUAAUGGCUUAGUUGUGUAGAAAAAACGUACAAACAUAUAGUAUAUUCACGGAAAUAGCUAACCCUGUAUAGGGUGGACGGAUGGCUGGUGACGUAGGGGUGUUCCAGGAAGAAUGGGAGGAAGUGUGUGAAAAGGUGAUGUGAGGCAGUGACUUAAUAUGCAACAGGUAUCUGUGAGUAUGUUAGGCAUGAGUAGAGGUGAAUGGUCUAGAGGAGUUGAUGCAUUGUUGGAGUGCUAGGUAAUAUAUACAAAUGGACUCUGGCAAAUGAGCUAGCCUGACUUUGUUAAGUUUGGACGUGCUGUGCAUAUACUCUGGAGAGAAAAUCAUUGAGAGUGGUAGUAAAUUUUUUUUCAUUAGGUAACUGUGCACAGGUGGGACAUGGCUAAUUUAAAUUUUACAUUUAUUAGAGCUAUUUCUAAUGAGGUUUUACUAAAUGUGAAUAGUAAUUUUAGUGUUUAUUUUUGUUUUAAAUAAUCUGGAGAAUGUUUGUUAUCAUCUCUUAUCUUCCAGUUUUACUUCAAGUUAGCUUAGAAAACAUAAAAUUAGUUUCUUGAAAAGGAUGUAAAAUUUAUAAUUCAAAACUCCAAUUCCUGCAUAAGUGUUUAUUAUUUAAUUAUUGCAUGUAUGAUAAGUACAGAUAAUUGUAUGUGGACACUAAAAAUUGGCUACAGAUCAUCAUUCCAGCAGUGUUCAUAUAUUUUAAUGCAGAUUCAAAUUUCUUUUGUAUUUAUAAAUAUUAUUUAAUUGAAUGCAUGUUACACAGGAAUUUCUAUUUUCUAUUUUGUUUUAUUUUCAUUUUAUUUAAUAAAGAUUACUUGCGAGGAAACAUCGUUUUAUUGUCUA